AUGACACAUUUGCUGCCCCCGCCCCUGCUGCGGCUCUUUGCGCCGCGGCCCCCGUUGGAGUAUGCGCGGCCCUUGCCGGGCGACAAGGACCCCAAUGCACGGCCGUCUCCACGCACGGCGAAGCAAGUUGCCCAAGGCAAGAUCCACCCGCUCGAAGGCGUUGCUGCCUUUGUCGAGCGUGCGCGCCAGGAGAUUAGCAAGCACGCUACAGACGACGAAAACGAAUCCCUGACCCAUGCUGUGGUGACCCAAACAGAGAUGCGGCGCGAAGAGCGCGCGAAGACGCGCGCACUUACACAGAAGCGCAUGCUAGAAAAUUACCACCCCAAGCAAGAUACCCACGCGGCCGGCGACCCGUUCAAGACGCUGUUUGUCGCGCGCCUCCCGUACUCUACAACAGAGAAUGAUCUUGCGCGUGAGUUGGAGCGGUACGGCCCCAUCCAGCACAUUCGCCUCGUGCGUGAUACCGAGGGGCGCAGCCGCGGCUACGCCUUUGUUCUCUAUGAGAGAGAGCGCGAUAUGCGCACGGCAUACUCGCGCGCAGAAGGAAUGCGCAUUGAUGGGCGCCGUGUGCUUGUCGACGUUGAGCGCGGACGCACCGUGCGCGACUGGAAACCGACCCGGCUCGGCGGUGGUCUCGGGGGGCAGUCGCGCAAGCCAAAGCAAAAGGUUAUAGCGGACGCCUACCGCGGAGCACGCCAUGGCGACCGCGGAGGCCGGCCCGGCGGCGGCCGCGGCGGCCGUGGCGGCUUCCGUGGUGGUUUCCGCGAUCGUGGCGGCGGCUUCCGCGAUCGUGAGCGCGACCACGGCUAUCCCCCGCGCGACCACGGACGCCCACGCAGUGCAGGCUACCGCGACCGUGAUGGAUUGAGUGAUGGCGGCGUGGGUGGCAGCGGAGGCCUGCCCUACGGAGGCCCCAACGCCUAUGGGCGCCCGUCGGACGACCGCGCAGCGAAGCUGCGUGCCUCGCUCGACCGCAUAGAGCCGAUGUCCAAGACUGGCGCUAGUGAUGCAUGGUCGCGCACACGUAGGCGCAGUGAUGAUGCGCUGUAUGUGCGCUCAGGGAUGAAGCCCUUUGAAGAGAGCGCGAACGACGCGGAGCAGAGCUCGGAAGCUUGUACGACGCUACCUCUACGUGCGCGGCGGCGACGGCGCUCCUCCAAUGGCGAGUCGCGCAUGCGUGGAUCGGCGGGGAUCCGAAUGACGCCCAUGGAUAUCCAGCGUGCGGGCCAAUCGCACGAUGCGUGGAAUGCCGUGUAUAUGAAGGAGCCGCGCUUGUUGCGUCCGUGCCUAGAGAUGCUAUGCUUUGCUGUGGCGUGGGCUGUUGUGCUAGUGCGCCUUGCACACAGUAUGGAUCUGGUACGCGACAAGGCCGUGCAGCUCUUUUUGCUGGGCAUACUGGUGUUCUCCUGCUUCUUCUCGCAUUUAUCCAGCGCCUGUACCAUCUGGGCGACACGUGUGUGCUACAUGCGCAAAUCGGACUUGGGCGAUCCGCUGUACAUUCUGCUCAUGCCGCUUGUUGUGUGUGCGUCCCUGCUCGAUGCGAUGCCUGGCGUAGAGCCCCGAGCGCUUGCGCCACCUCGAAUCAGCCGCGGCCUCAAAGGCGCAUGGCGCGCAGAAAAGCUCGGUGUGCAGAACGACCCGGUGCUGGGCCGUUGCAGUGCUGUGGACCUGCAAAUGCUGUGCGCUGCACUUAUGGGCUUCCAUGUACUGGCCUCGUCGAUUGCGCGCCGCCUGCGCAAGCGCCAGGGGCGCCAUUUGCCGAUUGAGGAGUUGUCUGGCUUGCAAGCGUUUGCAUACUUUCACGGCUUCUGUGUGGUCCUGGCGCUGCUCUUUACCGGCGUGCAUGUUGGGCUGCGAUAUGCGGGCCUGGGUCGUUUCUUCUUCGCGGCCAUGCCGUCGUGGAUGAUCCUCGCUCUGUCACUCAGCUUCCAGUUGCAGCUCUACAUUUGGACGCGUGUGGCGCAGCAGAACUGCACGAUUGGGGAGCUAGUCAUUCUGUGCACCACAACGACCGCCAUAUUCCACGAGGCGUGGAUCAUGACGAUGGCGCGGCUGGUCCCCUCGUAUGUGACCAUGUACCUGCGCGAGCCUACGGUGCUUCUCGUGUACCAGAUGGCACUGAUUGUUGGCAUGUUCCUGCUGGGUCUCGUGCUGAGCCCCUUGCUGGUGCUGAGCCGCAAUCUAGCGCGGCGCCCCACACACCGCCUCCGCUGGCCAGACAAGCGCAAUCUGCACCGUCGCCUCCUUGCGAUGGGCUUUUUCGUGCUCUCGCUCACACUCGUGCUGAGCUUGCUGGGCCCGUGGGUCUCGUGGCAGCUGGGCGGCCGCAACCCGUGGCUGUACGUGAUCCGCUUCACGCUCCAGGGCCCUACGUGGUGGUCGCGCUGGGCACUGGUAGUCUACUGGGGCGUGCUGUGCAAUAUUGCACUCCUGAGCAUCCAGCUCAUGGUAAAUCGCGUGUGGCAAUUCGCUACGGUGGGUGAUCAGGUCAAGACACAGACGGUGACACGACCCGCCACCCUGGCGUCCGCAGGCGCGCCGCGCCGCGCGCCCACAGCCUCGCAGCGUGCCGGUUCGAUGGCCGCCGCGCGCUUCGCCAGUCGCAUUGAGCCGGAUGAAGGCACGUCGCUGGGCCCACAAGUCGCGGUGAGCGUGAAUGGGCGGCGCAAGUUCUUCCACGCACUGGCCGUGCUUUUGUUCGUGCCGGGCCUUGCGUGGGAUCCUGCAUUUAUGCACCUUGCUUUCAGUGCGGCCAUGUCGCUCUUUAUCCUGCUGGAGUACUUGCGGUACUGCGCCGUGUUCCCAUUCGGCGCGACACUGCACUUUUUCCUGAGCCAGUUCCUCGACAGCAAAGACACGGGCCUCGUCAUUCUCAGUCAUGUGUACUUGCUCAUUGGCUGCGCCAUGGCCGUAUGGUGCGAGGCGCAGAGCCGGCUCGUCAUGCAACUGGGCGUGAUUGUGCUGGGCGUGGGCGAUGCGUUAGCGUCUGUCAUUGGGCGGCAGUACGGCCGGAUCCACUGGCCGCACUCGAAGAAAACGGUCGAAGGCACCCUGGGCUUUAUUGCCAGCACGGUGGCUUGUGCGUCCGGGAUGCGCGUCCUACGCCUUGUUGAAGCGUUCUCUGUGCGCCAGUUUACAAUCGUCGUCACACUCUUGGCCGUUGUCGAGGGCCUCUCGGAACAAAACGACAAUCUUGUGCUGCCGCUGUGGGGCCUCCUCCUCAGCAGCCUGAUCCCUUACAUUUAG